GUGAAGACGGCCACAAAGGUCGCGGAAGCACCUCGGUUCUUGCAGUUUGUCACUGCUGCCUAUCGACCGCCGGAGCUGUGGCCCCUGCUUCGCAAAAGGGAUGCAGAGUGUGGUGUCAGCAAGAACGUGGUGCAAGCAGUGGCCCGAGCCGUGGAAGACACGCAGCAGCUUAACGAAGUGUGGAUGCCACCAACAGCUUUCGUGCUCGAUUUCGGCACGGAGCUGAUGGCCCAGGCAAACAUGGCCUACAUCAAAAUCAAAGAGACAUGCAGAACGCCGGUGAACCGCGGCAUCUGUUUGCUUCAUGCGACGUCUCGGCUGCAUUAA